GAGAGGUGAGCGAAGUGUUCACACGACGAGUGCGUCGCUUUGAGAGCGUAGCAAAAAUGAGCCGCUUGUGAAAGCCGUCAAAGUUGGACUUACUUCGAUUUUGUUUUCGCUUUUUAUUUCUUAUUAUUUUGUAUUAAAACGUUGAUUUCCGGAGGAGUCAGCAAACAGUUGGAAACUUCAUAAAUCACGCCAUCCUUCAAGGAUGGACAAAUCCACAACGAUGAAAGUUAUGGUUGUUCUCUUCUGUGCUUUGAACCUUGGGAUUCAUGGGGCAGCAGAGAUCGCGUCAAUGGGAGAGCUGCAGCAGAACCGUACAGCAAGACAGCUGAACUGUAUGGAGAACCACGAAUAUCCUCACAAUGGCUUCUGCUGCAAGAACUGUGAAGCUGGCACUUAUGUGAGUGAGAAGUGUACUACGGAUCAGGAGAAGGGCACAUGUACCCCAUGUAAGCAGGGCACGUAUGCUGAACACCCUACGGGCAUGGAGCAGUGUCUGCAGUGCAGCCAGUGCCACAGGGAUCAGAUUGUGGUAGCAGACUGCACCAGCACAAGCAACACCAAAUGUGAAUGCAAGAGUGGUUUCUACUGCUUGCCGGACGAGCCAUGCGAAGUGUGCAAGAAGUGCAAAGAGUGCAAAGAUGAUGAGGAAGUAGUGAGCAAAUGCACAGCCACGUCCAAUGCAAAGUGCAGGAAACGGACUAUAGGUCCAACGGAAGAACCAUCGGGCCAGCCAACGCCGUCCAGUGACAGUGGGCCUAUAGUUGCAGUCGUUGUUGUACCGUUGUUGAUCUUGGUGCUUCUGGUCGUGCUCCUACUUUGGUUUAUCUGGAAAAAGCGCCAACGUAGACAAAGUGAAACUGCUGAUUUGAAUGAGGUGAAGGUUCCAAUCGAUGUUGUGUGCCCAAAAUCCGAUGAGGAGCAAGAGAACAGCCGCAAUGCUGGACUAGAGAGAACGGAGGUGGAACGUCCAGAGUCCCGCCCAUUGUUGUCUCAAGAAACCCAGGAAACGAGCAAGAGCAUGCCCGUGGAAGAUGAUGAUCGGGGAUUGGGCGACAGCUUGCCAAACACGACCAGCUCUUCCCAAACGAGCCUGUCUGCCAUCCCUCUAAACAUGUGUAAUGGGGACUCACCUCAGCCAAGCCCUCCAGCCCAAAGACAGCCAAUGAGGGAAACAGAGACGUGUUCACAGGAUGAUGGUCCACUCAGAAAGCUUGUUCCUCUUCUUGGUGAGGAGGAGUCUCUGAGGAAGAGCUUCGACCUUUUCGACGCCCUUGACGUUCGGAUCCUCAACAAGUUCUUCCGUAGCAUCGGCGUGAGCGACAACUCGAUCAAGAUGGCCGAGACGCAGAAUCCCGAAGACAAAGUCUACAACCUUCUGCAAGUUUGGAUGCAGAAGGAGGGGCUUCGAGCGGACAUCAACACCUUACUUCAGUCUCUGCUGGACCUGAAUCAGAGAUAUUCAGCCGAACAAAUAGUCUCUAAAGCUUUAGAUAAAGGCUUUUACAGAUCCGAGUGAAGACUUUAUAACCGUUAAAAAACCUCUUGUGGCAUAAUCUUCCUUUAAUGGAUCUCAAGUGCCAACCAUGGAGAUUUCUUUCUCUGUAGCAGUGGGUUUAAAAGCCAACACUGGACACUUUGAGGAUUUACACUGGCUAACAGAAGAGGGCGCUGUGCAUGCUAGAAGUAUUUGGUGCCUUAGCCCUCAGGCUUUUAAACUACAGGUUGGUCCAAAAGACUACAUGCUUUUGGUUUUUGCCAAAUGUUCAAGUUUAUAUGAGUUAGUGUAAAUAGUUGGACGCUGUUGUGUUUAUCGUGACCAUGUAGGGCACAAUAAUUGUCAAAUAUCAAGCACAAGCUGAAGAUUUGGACAAGGCUUGUCUUUACACUACAUGCCCUAAUUCACUGAUGAAUGAACAAAAACACUUCAUGACUGCAAACUACAGACGACUCGGUAGUGGAAUAAUUCAGACAUACACGUAAGGUUUCGUUUUAAUGUCAUGGUUGUUACAAAAAAUAUUGUAUGCCUCCGCCCCAUGUCAUUUGCUGAAAGUUGAAUUCCAAAAUCUGUUCUUAUUCUUCUUUGUGCGUGGCAACAAUGGCAUCUUUCCUUAUUUAUAUUUUAAAUAAGUGACAUAUUUAUUUAUAUUUUGUAAUUGCAUAUUAUUUAUACCUGUUAACAAUAUCUUCUCAAGUGUUUUCUAAAACAUUUAUCAUGACUGAGAGAUGUUCACACCUCCGGCUCUUUUCAAGCAGAUAGGCUGGAUGAGAUUCAGUGAUGCCACACAGAGUCCGUCUGUAACUAAGACAUUUCUACAUUUGUACUUAUUAUUUUUUUUACUGUGUCCUACCACGCGGACACACGUGAUGAGUUUUGUACCACGGUCAGUAUCACGCUUGCAACCGCUUCCGCAGAUCGAAUUCAGGCGUUUCAAAGUUCUGCCUGACUUCUCUUGUUUUAUGGGCGUUAGUGCACAGGUACGUGUUAAUAGUUAAGAUGAAGGAAGUGUAUACUCAUCCAAACUACUUGCAGUUCGCAUCGUUUUGCCUAGGAUGUACAUAGUUUAGUCAAGAAAGGAAACUAAUAGAUAUAUAUUUAUAGAAACCCCAUGUGCACAACUUAAUGAAGUAAAGACUGCCUAAACCGCGAAGGAACAAAUUUAAAUUUAAAUGAACAUAUGUUAUCUAAAUACAUAGGGUCCCUAAAGUUAUACAUAAACACCUGACUGAGCUGCAAAACUGUGUAGCUUUAUACAUGUAUGAAAUAUGGCCUUUUAGAUAUAUUUUCAGUGUUCAGAAAUGCUGAUCUCAGAUGAGUUAGCAAGGAAAGCUGAGGUGGAUUGGCACAAUGUCUCCCCCUCUUGUUAGAUAAUGAAAUUGUAGAGCUGUCGUACAGUGCCGGCGCUGCACCGAUUGACGUAGAAUUAAAUAGCAAGAGAAAAACUGCAUCAGUUUUAAGGGACUUUCUUUCUGUUCUGGCAAUCACAUGUUUUAUUCCUUUGCACUGAAUUUAACAUUAAAAAAGACUUAAAAUAGGUGCAGGAUUUUUUCCCUUAUCUGUUUAAGGGAAUUUUUAGUUUUAUACUUUUUUAAAAUUGAAUGCACAUUGCUUUUCAAUUACGCCUCUUAACACAGUUUGUCUCUGCUAGCUAUUUUCACUGUAUCUCUGUGAUUAGAAGUCUAUUUCGCGUAUCUUUUCCCCCCUAGACAAUUGUUUGCUCGUUUUUGAAUGUAAAAUGUUUGCUGUUACAAAGUUAUUUGUAAAUGGCUGUUUUAAAAUAAAAAUACAAAAUCUUAAA